AUGAGCGGUCGCAAAUAUGAUGACGUCGAGGAAGAAGACCGGGGCCCUUUGAGCGACUUCGACUUUGAUUCCGAGGAGGAAUCUGCUGCGGUUGAUCCCGGGCUCGGCAUCCGAGACGAGAGCGGGCAGGAUGGGACUCGGCUGGUGGCACCCCGUACCGGCACCCUAGCUAUUAACACCAACGUAGCAGUUGCUGAUUACCAAGAACGCAGUCGGAGGCCGAGCGACUCUAAGAAAGUGGUGGCUUGGAGGGACUUACCCAAGAAGAAGCAGUUGGUAGUCAUUACACUAGCCCGGCUCAGCGAGCCAUUGGUCCAGACGUCUCUGCAGUCAUACAUGUUCUACCAGUUACGAUGGUUUGACCCAAGUCUGCCGGACUCUACCAUCUCGAGCCAGGCCGGUAUUCUGCAUGCGAGCUUCACCGCCGCGCAGUUCUUCACUGCCAUGAUGUGGGGCCGGGUUGCCGAUUCUACUUGGGCCGGCCGAAAGACGGUUAUCAUGAUAGGAUUGUUUGGAACUCUUAUUUCAUGUCUUGGGUAUGGGUUCUCGACGUCAUUUUCCCAAGCUCUGUUAUUUAGAGCUCUAGGUGGUGCGACUAAUGGCAACGUUGGUGUGAUGAGGACCAUGAUUAGCGAGAUUGUCCGCGAAAAGAAAUAUCAGUCCCGGGCAUUCCUAAUAUUGCCCAUGACGUUUAAUAUCGGCGUCAUCAUUGGCCCAGUCAUUGGUGGCGUCCUAUCUGACCCGGCAGGCUCAUACCCUGAUACCUUUGGCAACAUAGAGUUUCUCCAGAAAUUUCCCUAUGCCAUGCCAAAUAUUGUUAGCACAGGGUUUCUAUUCGUUGCUUUGCUAAUGUGCUGGAUGUUUUUGGAAGAGACUUCCCUUCCGUCGCAUAUUCACCUCAACGUAUCCUUUACAUUUAUUGCCCACUUCUUCCUGGCUUUUCAUGUCGGUACCUUUAACUCGCUCUGGUUCAUUUUCCUCUCGACCCCUGUUUACAAUCCGAAAAACCCAGACCCGCCGGAUUUUAAGCCACAGCUGCCUUUCAGGUUCACGGGUGGACUUGGUUUACCCCCUAGUUCCGUCGGUAUGGCCAUGGCGAUCCUAGGUGUGAUUGGUAUUACGAUGCAGCUAUUUCUAUACCCUCGUCUAUCAUCGCGACUGGGUACCGUCCGCUCAUGGCGUAUGUGUUUAUUUCUCUUCCCUAUCGCAUACACUCUAAUCCCGUUUCUAUCAAUUGUGCCGUCGAGUACGUCGCCUCCGAGUCAGAAGACGGGUGCUUGGAUAUGGGCUGCUAUUGCCGGUGUGCUAUUUAUCCAGGUUACGGGGCGCACGUUUGCACUCCCCGCCCAGACGAUUUUAGUCAACAACUGCACGCCGCACCCUAGCGUGUUAGGUACUGUCCAUGGUCUUGGCCAAAGUGUCAGCAGUUUCGCUCGAACGAUUGGCCCCGUCAUGUGCGGAUGGCUCUAUGGUCUUGGCUUGAGUCACGGUGUAGUCGGCGGGGUGUUUUGGGGUCUUGCCGGCGUGGCUCUGUGUGGUUUAGUUGCGAGUUUCUGGGUUAGAGAAGGAAACGGACAUGAGAUAUGGUUAGAAGGGGACGAAGACGAAGACGAAGGGCGUACAUGA